GCCGGCGUGGGCGUCGUUUGCAAGGGCGAGGCCGUCAUCAGCGGUCGUAUUUGUUUACUAUAUAAACGACGAUAUUAUUAUCAUCUCGUCGUACCGCGCCAAAAUCGUUUUCCAUAACCGUUUUAUUUUAUUUUUAUAAUUUUUGUAUUUUCAAAAUUCGUACAUCACGGCUCCCCUUCCGAUUCAACAUCAACAAUUAUUUUUAGCCGCGGGUUCCGUUGGUCGCAUACACCUCGAUCGGUGACACAAUAAUAAUUCGCGUACGUGUACAGUCCUAUAUACGCCCUGUUCAGUAAUGAUGUGCCGCUGCGACGUGCCCGACAACGUCAACGACACUGCCGCGUGACGACGUAUCGCGGUUCUUCGUGACCAAUAUUGGUGUAUACCGCACACUCGUGCGGCGCGUAUGUUGGGUUACCGCAAGUUUAUACGUAGUUUUUUGUAUUUCAUUGUAAUAACCCGAACACUCGAUAACAUUGUAGAUCGAAAUUAUUGUACGAAGUGCCCGCGGUAUACGACAAACGCGUAUUAGGUGCCAAAAUUGUUAUUAUCAUAGUAUUAUAUCUCUCGCAACCGGACCGCAGUCCUGCGAUCGAUGGACAUCAAGGGUAAGGUCGCCAUGGUUACAGGCGGGGCCGCCGGCAUUGGCCGCGCGUAUUGCGAAGAGCUGCUGAAAAACGGAGCCAAAGUUUCCAUAUGUGAUAUUAAUGAAGAAGUUGGCGUCAAAUUGGCCGACCUAUUAGGUGCCAAAUUUGGAAACGUCAAAGUAAUAUUUUGUCCAUGCGACGUCACCGAUUAUCCACAGUUUCAAGAUGCGUUCCGAAAAACUAUAGCAGCUUUUGGUGGACUUGACAUAGUGGUUAAUAACGCGGGUGUGUUCAACGACCGAUUCUGGGAAUUCGAAGUGGAUGUGAACUUGAAUGGUGUCAUCAGAGGCACAUUACUGGCCAUGCAACUCAUGGGCAAGGACAAAGGAGGUCGUGGUGGCACAGUGGUCGUAACUUCGUCUACAAUGGGUUAUAAACCAUGUCCCAGCAUGCCAAUCUACACGGCGACCAAACAUGCCCUAAUUGGUUUCAUUAGGUCAUUUGGGGAUCCUUACCACACGAACUUAACAGGGAUUCGAGUGAUCGCUUUAUGUCCAGGAAUGACUCUGACUGAUGCUAUACCCGAGGAUGUUAAACUGGCGUUAUUAUCACCCAAUUUUAUACAUCUUUGGGAUAAGGAUGUUGCAUCACAAGCACCCCAAGCAGCCCAAAGUGUGGGACGUGCGCUAAUUCACGUGUUACAGAAGGCUCAAAGUGGUUCGGUUUGGGUGGCUGAAAACAAUAAAUCAGCCAAAGAAGUUAAGUUCCCUAACUUUUAAUUUUAAGCACCAUCUGCCAAUCGCUUUUUAAAAUAAUUGUUUUGUUUUUUAAUGUUUAAACUAUUAUC